ACGCGCUCCAUGUGACGUCAGUUAGGGUUUUUAAAGAUUAGUUUUACCAGGGCUCAACAAGCCAUGGACAAUUUGGGGUUAUUGCGGGUCCAGUUGUCUAUAAUAGUGUUAUUAUCAUGUAUGUUUACAUUGUCCCCUGGCAGUGAAAUGAGCUUUGUAACGUGCGGGUCGGUGGUGAAGCUGCUCAAUGUGAAACACAACGUCAGAUUACAUUCUCAUGAUGUCCGCUAUGGAUCCGGUAGUGGGCAGCAGUCAGUGACCGGUGUGACCGCAGUGGAGGACAGUAACAGUUACUGGAGUGUGCGGGGCACCAGUGACGCUGCAUGUCAUCGAGGGUCUCCGGUACAGUGCGGACAGAACAUCCGACUGACCCAUGUGAACACGGGCCGCAAUCUACACAGCCACUACUUUACUUCACCGCUUUCUUCAAAUCAGGAGGUCAGUGCCUUUGGUGAGAACGGCGAGGGUGACCAUCUGGACGAGUGGACCGUUCUGUGCUCAGGCUCAGUGUGGCAGCGGGAUGAGUCUGUUCGGUUUCGUCACACGGCCACUGAGGCUCUGCUGUCUGUGACAGGCGAGCAGUACGGCAGACCCAUCCACGGCCAGAGAGAAGUGCACGGCAUGAUGAUCAGCAGCUCGCACAGCUACUGGAGAACAAUGGAGGGCAUCUUCAUGAAACCCAGUGAGACUGGAUCCAGGGAUUUCAGCAGUCCAUUACACACUGAGUUUUAGAGAAACCUGAUGAACUCUUUAUUUUAUAGAGUUCUGUUCAUUCUUUACCAACUGGCUCAGAAAAGAGCAUUGAGCUGUUAUGAAAAACAGUUUGAUAAAUCAAAUUGUGCCUCAUGUUCAUUUUUAACACUUGAAGCAUAUGAUUUUAUAUUGCACAGCAUACACUACCGUUCAAAAGUUUAGGGUCAGUAAGUUUUUUUUUUUUUUUUUUUUUUUUUUUUUUCGUCCUAAAAGAAAUUGAUACUUAUGUUCUGCAAGGACACAUUAAAUUGUAUGAUUUCUAUUUCAAAUUGAAAUUCAUCAAAAAAUCCUGAAAAAAUGUUAUAUUUUUCCAUAAAAAAUAUAACUGUUUUCAACGGUUUCUUGAGCAGCAAAUCAACAUAUUAGAAUGAUUUCUGAAGGAUCAUGUGACACUGAAGACUGGAAUAAUGAUGCUGAAAAUUUAGCUUUGCCAUCAUAGGAACAAAUUUAAUUUUAAAAUAGAAAACAGUUAUUUAAAAUUGUAAAAAAUAUUUCACAAUAUUGUGGUUUUUACUGUUUUUUGUAUAUGUAAAAAAAAAAAAAAAAAAUCAACCUUGAUGAGCAUAAGAGACUUUUAAAAACAUAAAUCUUACUGACCCUAAACUUUUAAAAGGUAGUGUAUAAUAAGGCAAACAGAAAUUUUGGAAGGCAGAAAGAAGCCACUUUUAUCUUUUUAAACAAAUGUUCAGAAUUAAUUCCACAAUUUUACAGAUUUCAUGAUUAUAAGGCAAAAUUUCAGUCAGUGUUUUAACCGAGUUUCAACACAAGUUUUAACUUGUGGCAUGAAUGUUUUGAUUUAAUGGCCGUUAAUAUAUAAAAAUCAUGGCCAUCUUACAAGUAAUAUUUUAAAAAGAAUAAUAAUAAUUAAAAAAAAGAACAGCAAAUUUUUAAGUCAUAAAAAUCACCCACAACUGUUCUAAAAAAAAAAAAAAAGAAGUCAAAUAUAAAUUAAUUGCACACCAAACAAACUUGAAUUGCUUGAUGCUGACCUCAGUGUGAAAACACUACAGCAGAACUGCUACAGCUGCGUCUUAUUUCGAAAGGCUGCGUCCUCCGGAGGUCACAUUUGAAGGCUGUGUACGUCAUCGAGGCGGUCUCAUUUAAGAAAAGUAACUGUUAGAUUGCAAAGUAAGAAAGACAGUAUUUUACACAUCACAAGGAACAACAGUCAAUUUUAUUACGGUUACUUUUCUUAAAUAAGACAUCCUUGAUGACGUAUGCAGCCUUCAAAUGCGACCUCCGGAGGACGCAGCCUCCAAAAUGAGAGACAGCUGUUAUAUUGCAACAGUAUUAACAUUAAUCUUAUUAAGAGACUUGUGCUGUGUUAUGAUGUUUUGGCUAUUUUUCUAAAGGAAGCCAUGAGUCAUUUAUGAUGAAAGCUCCUGUACAGCCAUUAGUAUCAUACUUGCACACCUGAAUAUUACACUAGUAACACUUGGUAAAGCAAGUAUCUUUCUCCUAAUAAGGCAAUUUCCUAAGUAUACAUUAAGUAGGUAACAUCAUUGAUGCCACUAAAAUCAUUCAUUUAAUUUUCUAAUGCAUAUUUGAAAUUAAAACAAGUGCCUUUUUACUCUUUAUUCAUUUACAUUGAUUACAUAGAAUGCUGUAAAAUUUGAGUUUAAACAAUUGAUACAUGCAGAUUCCUUGAGAAUGAGGUUCCUUGAGGUGAUCUGUAAACAUUUUUCUUUUUUUUUCUGUUUACAUGGUUGGGGUCACAGCUGUAUAACGGAGAAUAACUCGGUACACGUUUUGAAGUAUUCCUCAAACAGACUCUAGAGUUUAUUACCUCAGACUAUCACAUUCUACUUCAGGCCUUGGAAAACAGUAUUUUUGUUUAAAUAUGUCAGUAUGCUUUGAUGGUUGUGUAGAUUCUUUAAAUUAAAGAGAUCAAGACUGGCUUAUUCAUUUACAGUCCUUCUUUUAUCAUAUUUAGAUAUGCACAGCUUGAGAAGAGAAGUGCAGAAAAAAAAUAGCAUGUCAUUUAUUUCAGUCUUAUUUGUAGAAAAUCCAACUGUGCCUCCUACUGGCCCAAACAAUAAUAACAAAAAAUGAUGAUGAUGAUGAUAACAAUUGUUGGAUGCAAAGAUAUGUUUAUUGUCAUGUUCAAUAAAUAAUUUUCUUUUAUUCA